AUGCCGGCCGCCGCAUCGUGGCACCAAGGCCCUGUACCCCGUAUCGCCGGGGAAAACCAAGCGCCAGCAAUGUUCGCCAUUUGGAGAGCAUUGCGGCGCCAGGCUUGCGGCAUCACACAGCACCAGGGCCAGCCGCGCCUUGCUUGGACACAGUGUUAUCUUUCCCGGUCUUGGGGCGCAUGUUGCCGCGCCGUCAGAAGCAUCAUUCACACCAAGUUUCUGCUUGGCGGAAAUGUGAAAGAGAAUCCCGGCCCUACAUUGAGGGGCAUGCAAUGGAACUCAGCUGGGCUAACACAAGCCAAACGUUUUUUUUUUAGCACUCGACUGUGUAGAGUCUCCGUUAUCACGGACUUCCCUUCACUCCUCAUGGCACUCCAAACAGGCCCCCUGACAGCAACAGACCCCAUAUUACGACUACUAUGA